GCGGCGGCGGCGGCGGGCGCCGAGUCGCGACAGGCCCGCGUCGCGACAGGCCCGCGUCGCCACCGCCGGGAUGUCGGGGAAGGACCGGAUCGAGAUCUUCCCUUCGCGGAUGGCCCAGACAAUCAUGAAGGCUCGCUUGAAAGGAGCCCAGACUGGUCGCAACCUUCUGAAGAAAAAGUCGGACGCUUUGACUCUUCGAUUUCGGCAGAUCCUGAAGAAGAUUAUUGAGACCAAGAUGCUCAUGGGCGAGGUAAUGCGAGAAGCUGCCUUCUCACUUGCCGAGGCCAAGUUCACAGCCGGGGACUUCAGUACCACAGUCAUUCAGAAUGUGAACAAAGCUCAAGUGAAGAUCAGAGCAAAGAAAGAUAACGUGGCUGGUGUCACCCUGCCGGUGUUCGAACACUAUCAAGAAGGAGGGGAUAGUUACGAGUUGACCGGUUUGGCCAGAGGCGGGGAGCAGCUGGCUAAAUUGAAGAGGAACUAUGCCAAAGCUGUGGAGCUGCUGGUCGAACUGGCCUCGCUGCAGACUUCGUUUGUGACGCUGGAUGAAGCCAUUAAAAUCACCAACAGGCGUGUCAAUGCCAUCGAACAUGUGAUCAUCCCCCGGAUCGAGCGCACCCUCUCCUACAUCAUCACCGAGCUGGAUGAGAGAGAGCGUGAGGAAUUCUACAGGUUAAAGAAAAUCCAGGAGAAGAAGAAGAUCCUCAAAGAGAAAACAGAGAAGGAGCUGGAGCUACGGAAAGCAGCGGGAGAGGUGUUGGAGGCUGCCAACCUCCUGGCCGAAGAGAGGGACGAGGAUCUCCUAUUCGAGUAGCCCCCCCCCCCCCCCCGCCCCUCCGGAAGCCCGGCACGGUGGUUCCGGGACACGUGGUGUCCGGCCUUCGUCCAUAAUGUUGUUUUGUGUCAGCCCAGCCCAGUGGCGUAUUUUCCCCGGAGUUGAGUUUCCGUGAUUCGGUUUCGGUCCGUGGUCCCCCGUUACACGGGACGUGCCCAGCCCGCGGCCCCGUCUAGCUGCCGUAUAUCCACUGUACUCCCUUCUUCGUACGUGCCAAGAUCGACGCCGGCCUCCAAACGCGUCGGGGAAGGAAUCCUCUGACCCUGUAGCUUAACUCCCCCCCACCACCCCCGCCACCCGCAGAGUCGGGAAGCGGGUGGAGGGGCCCGUCGCCCGCUUUUGGCGUCGGAGCGCUCCGGUCCCCGGGCUCGUGUGAAUAGCACUCUGUUUUUCUUGCAUGUCCACUCUCAGUCCUGGGAAAGAAGGUCUUCCUGGCCACGGGAGUGAUCCGCCUAGUUCCCCCAGUGUAAACAGAGUAAAAGAAUGUUCACCUGA